UGCCAAACUCUCCUGCACAAUGUCCAGUUCUUUGGUUGUCUGUGAGGUAGACGAGGCCCUGAAAGACAAGCUGAAGAAAUUUCGUUUCCGGAAAGAGACCACCAACGCUGCCAUUCUGAUGAAGAUAGACAUGGAGAAGCAGCUGGUGAUCCUGGAGGAGGAGUAUGAUGAUAUCUCCCUGGACGACCUCAGGAACGAGCUGCCUGAGCGCCAGCCCAGAUAUAUUGUAUACAGCUAUAAAUACGUCCACGCGGACGGGAGGGUGUCUUACCCUCUGUGCUUCAUAUUCUCCAGCCCAGUGGGGUGUAAGCCGGAGCAACAGAUGAUGUACGCAGGCAGUAAGAACCGCCUGGUGCAGUCAGCAGAACUGACAAAGGUGUUUGAGAUUCGAAAUGCAGAUGACCUGUCAGAGGAAUGGUUGAAAGACAAACUGUCUUUCUUCCGCUGAAAACUCUACCCUCCUGUACUAAAAUGCAAAGCUGUACAAACUUGGGAAAACUGUGUGUAACCAGGACCUUUCUUUCUCUCGGUCUCUC